AAAGCAAGUAACCCGGAUUAACACUUAAACCUUACGCGAACGCCGCAGUAACAAGACUUUAAAUAAUAAAUAGCGUGAACCAGCAAGCUAUGUUUACAUCAAUAGGAAAUAAAGCAGCCUAAAGUAGGACACGGUUUUCUUCGUUGAAUGAAGUAGAUAGAAAUUCGCGAUCUGUAGAAGUUUUUAUCUUUAUCAAUGUGACGGAUAUCAGUAUAUAUACAAACGAAAGCACGUGUUCACGAUUGACUAUGUCACGGAAUGACUAACGCGAACACACCUUCGUUCGAGCCAGACUUCUCUUAAUUGAUUGGCGAGUAUUUACGUCUAUCAUUCACACUGGACGGGCGGUAUUUGGAGCUUUAAAUAGGAAAUUUAAAUACAUUUUUCCAGCAAUAAACGUGAUUUAAUACGUGCGAGGUCGCGAGAAAUGAAUAUCCGCGCAUCUUAUUCCGAAUAUGUAACUAUAGUAUGUGUUAUGGAGUGAAAUGCAAAUGCUGAUGUCAAACGGGUAAAAUCCUUUAUUGAUUCUGAAAAAUUGUAAGUGUGUGGGACUAUUUAUUUCACCGGAAGUUAGCACGUGCACAAUGGGAGACGUUGAAAUAGAUCCCGGUAUCCUGGACGGCACCAUUGACGACGUAGCAAGGGUUGCCACCAAGAUAAUAAGAGUUUUCCUGAGCUCUACGUUUUCAGACAUGGUAGAAGAACGAAACAUACUUCUUCAGGACGUGUAUCCGAAGAUUCAGGAGUACUGCAAGAGAAAGUACGGUGUAACAUUUCAGAUGGUGGACAUGCGGUGGGGCGUGACGAACGAGGUACAGAAUGAUCACAUGACUUCCACGUGCUGUCUCAAGGAGAUCCGCAACUGCCAGAAUGUCUCGAUUGGACCGAACUUCGUGGUGUUGAUGGGUCAGAAGUACGGCUACAGACCCAUCCCGGCGUUCGUGGAGGCGGAAGAGUUCGAGGCGAUCCGAAGUCACGUGGUCGAGGAGGACCUGGAGCUGCUGGACCUCUGGUACGUCAGGGACGACAACUCCGUGCCACCGCAGUACGUACUGCAGCCCAUCAACACCAUCCUCAGGAACUACGACAGCUCGAACGAGGAGCUGAAACGUGAGUCCCGCCAGCGGUGGCAGGAAACGUUCGACGAGCUUCGGGACAUCCUCAUGGCGGGGGCGGACGCCGCCCUUGAGAAGGGCGACAUAGGCCGCCAGGGCAGGGAGAAGUACUUCAGCUCGGUCACUCAAGAAGAGAUUGAAAUAGGCCUGUUACAGACCCCGAAGGACCCUAAUAUGACGUGCCUGUGUUUCGUGCGAGAAAUAGAACACCUUCAAGAGAAUAUAAGACACCACAGGACUAGCAAGUUCUUAGAUCUCCAACCCACCGAGAAAGGAGAGCCCGUCGAAUUGGACCUUGACGCGUAUGAACGAUUGACGAUAUUACGUGAUCAGGAAAUUCCCAAAAGACUCAACAAGGAGAACAUUGUCAAACUGAAAACGACCUGGUCUGAGCACGGUGGUAUUAACGCGACGGACAGUAGGGACUACCUCUUGCAGCUUUGUGAGGCUUUUUAUAACAAAAUGGUGUGGUUGAUAGACAAGAAUUUGCACGAUAAGUAUGUAGAAGAGGAUGAAUAUUCCAGGGAACUGCUAGAGGUUCUGCGUUUUCGGAAUCGCCUGAGCCGGGAUUUUCUAGGAAGGACUGAGCUUCUAUAUGUAGUUGAGAAGUAUGUGACCGGUCUUGCCAAGGGCGUGCCUAUGGUUGUGUAUGGGGAAAGCGGCACGGGGAAGACGGCACUGAUUGCGAAAUGUGCAAAGGAGGCUAAGCAUUGGCUGUCGGGUGCCAAUCCUGUGAUCAUAGUUAGAUUUCUAGGCACCUCGCCCCAGUCUUCUCACAUCAUGCUGCUACUAAGGAGCUUGUGUCUGCAGAUCUGUGACGUGUACCAGUUCAGCAAGGCGUCCAUACCGACCGAGUUCAAGGAUCUCGUGGACUACUUCAAGGUGCUUCUCGGGAUGGUCUCCUCACAACCACGCCCGCUAGUGUUGAUGCUAGACUCUGUAGACCAGCUCUCUUCCAUGGGGGAACCCUACACAUUCCACUGGCUUCCCAAGGUCAUUCCGCCCAAUGUCAAAGUCGUUAUCUCCCUGGUGCCCUCAGUGUUCAAUCUGCUGGCUCGGUACAAGGCGUACGUGGGGAAGGGCACCCUCAUUGCUGAGCCCAUUCCUCCACUGGGGGAUGUUUUAUGCAUGGAUAUCAUCCGAGCGCGGCUAGUAGACGACAACAGGACCAUUUCGCCGGAGCAAAGCAAAGUGAUGCAGAUUGUAUUCUUUAAAUGCAGCAUUCCACUUUACACGCGGGUAAUGUUGGACGAAAUUCUGACCUGGAAAUCAUACACGGCUAUUACAACUGCCAUGGUUUCGAGUACGCUUAAAGAGGCGCUUAACAACUUUUUCAGACGUUUGGAAAUGCAGCAUGGUCGUGUCUUGGUGCGGCACACCUUAUCGUACUUGACUGCAAGCCGCGAGGGCGUCUCCGAAAUGGAAUUACUGGACCUAUUAUCAUUGGACGAUGAAGUUUUGAACUCAAUAUUUCUGUUUUGGUUACCACCACAAAGGCGUUUGCCACCGUUUCUGUUGACCCGACUUUACAUUGACCUUAUGCAAUUCGUCGUGGCACGCGACGCAGGAACUACGUCGGUAUUUACAUGGUACCAUCGAAUGUUCAAAGAAGCCGCUUUUGAAAGGUAUCUCUCCGAUGAAGAGUCCAAAACGAAAAUCCAUUCCAACCUUGCAGACUAUUUCAUCGGCAAAUGGCAUGGUAAAAAGAAAGCCUUUCAAUUCAGCUCGUUCCUUAAGUCUAGACUUGCUCUAACAACUAGCGACGGCGAGGAAGACAGAUACGUCCCAGAUCAACCAUUAGUGUACAUACACGGUAAAUCAUCCACGCAAUUUAACAAAAGAAAGCUAUCGGAGUUACCUUACCAUCUAGUGAAGAGCCGUCGAUUCGAGGAACUUGGCGAAAUGUGUGUCUUCAGUUACGAAUGGCUCUGGUCAAAGAUCUCGGCAUUUGGUCUGCAACUGCUUGUGGAAGAUCUUGAAUUCGCUUUGUCCGAGAUAGACGAUAGUGACGUUCAGACGGUCGCAGACACCCUUAGAAUCGCGGGAAGCACAUUGAAUGAUCACCCGGACAAUCUGGCUCUAGAAAUCACCGGGCGUUUGCUGGAUCUCAUGGACACCAUGCCGAGAAUAAAAAAGCUGAUUAAAGACUGUGAUGCUAAAUCCGCAGCCCAUUCCUCGUUGGUUGUGCCGUUUCAGUUAUAUGAAGUGCCAAUCAGUUAUCUCAUCAGCUCUAUUGAGAACCUGCCAGCGGACAUAGGCGAUUCGCUGUUGUUAAAAAAAGAUAGUAGACUGGUCGCCAUGUGUUUAGACGGUACAGUGCUUAAUAUCGACACACAGAAAGGCGUCGCCGUCAACGAAAUAUCACUGAACAAAAUGAAGUCAAUAACGUGGCAAAACAUGGGUUUGUCUGUGGAUAGACACGAACGGUAUAUUGUAUGUGAAUGCCGACCGACCACAAAAUAUAUUUAUAUUUUGGACGCAGAGACUCUAGAAAUUAAGCAUGAGCACAAAAUGUCCUCCCUUACACUAUUCCAUAAAAUAUACGUAAGUGGGAAAUAUCUGUGCAUGGAUAAUGCAGUGUUCGACUUGGUGUCUGGCAAAAAGGUUCGUGAUCUCAUUAAGUACGACAAAAAGAUAGAUUCCUUUGUUGAACUUGCAAUAACUAUUGAUGAAAAGUUCAUCUUGAUCGGUGAUGUGUCAAGUGUAGGUGUGUUUAACAUCGAAACAGGGAAGCGCGUGAAAGAUUUGUCUUUGACUUCAACUCCAAGCGUGAUUCAACUCACUAAAGACGGACGUCUUGCGAUAGUUGGAACAACGGAAGACUGCCAUAUCAAAGUGUUUGAUAUUAACCAUACUUCAAAAACAUUUGGUUUGGAAGUUGUAACGUAUGACCCUCAAAAAUAUUUUUCCGAUAUGAUCAUGGCUGAAGACAACUAUGCAACAAAAGAAGUAUCGGAAAUUUGUCUCGCGCACAAGGAAGGGUCUUUCGUCAGUCUUGUAAAGAGGAAAUACCCGAUUGUUUGGAGCCUAAAGAACGUAAGUACGAAACCAAGACUGCUCUCUAUACCGAAAGGAGCUGGGCCCUUCAGAUAUCUUUUUCAAGUCCAGUUUUCGUCCGACGACCGUUUUAUUUUGGCGGCGGAACUGUCACCGAAUGUGAUGAUGUGGGAUUCCACCACCGGUGCGCUCCUCGCGUCGUUCGCCGCUCACGACAACGACAUACACAGCCUCGUUGUGGGAUCGAAAACAAACCUCGCAACGACCGUCCAACAAAACGGCUCAGUUAUUAAAGUAUGGGAUCUGCACAAAGUCAUGGAUAUGGAAACGAUGUCGAGCGUGAAGUCGCAAGAACUUUCCGUGAAGAACAUCAGUUUGUUAAAAGAAAGGAACGUCAUGUUCAUGACUAGGGUUCACCCACCAAAGAGCAGCAGAGCUUAUCACUUCAUUGACUAUUUCGGCAUUGAAAUGUUUAAUUUUGCAACCGGUAAAAGGAACGUUGUCCUUCCCUUUGACAAAUACGGUCACGUCCAAACUCUGUCCAAUUCGAAAAGUGGAGUGACGAUGAUUGUAAAUACAUCGAGCGCCCAGUCCAGCACCAUAUCUGUGAUCAACAUGAAAGCUGAUAACGUUCAUACAAUUAAGACGGACGAGUGCAAAGAAAUCCGAAUGUCUGAUGAUGGCAAAUACGUUUGCCUACUCCUAAAGGGAAAUCCACCGAAAGCCGUUCUCUACACUUUACCUGAGAUGAAAGAAAUCACGACGUACAGGGAUUGCAAACUCGGAAUGUUCACAAAUCAGGGCUCUUUCGUGGGCGUCACCAAGACCAGACUCGUGGUUCGGGAAAGUAUGAAUGAGCACGAUGACCUGUCAAUCGAUCUGCCAGGGGAGAUUACUGCUAUUGUCUACGCGGAUGCCAUAAAUGUACUGCUCGUUAGCGUGAAUGACGGCUUCUCUCUGACUGUGACAGCGUUUAAAACGAACGGUUUCGGAGCGUUCGGUACACUAACAGACGUGAGUCGAAAAGGGAUCAGCGAUGUUGCAAAUGACGGCUCAAUAUGCAUAGAUGCAGAUCUAAAGAUUUUUGAGUUGGAGAGGUGCAAACAAGUAAAGCGAUUACUCCCCAACAGGCCGAAGAGUGACGUCAGCUCCAUUAGACUGUCUCGAAACGGAGAGCACGCAGUGUUCAUCGAUACCGCGCCAUCAACGUGCAUCAAGGUCUGCCGGAUAUCCGACAAUCAGAUCACGUCGCAAACCUUCCUACAUUGCGUGCCGGAAGUGAUCGAGGUGAUCCCAUCUCUGAACAUUUUCGUCGUCAUCGAGAAGGACAACAAGAAACUGUUCCUGUUGUCUCUCUGUGACGGUGUGGCUCGCGAUGUGGACUACGACUCCCGAGAGGCGCGCAUUCGGAGCGUCCUUGGCGUCAAACACGGCGAGGAGAACUUCCUGUAUGAGCUGUCCGAGAAAACCAAGGAAGCGUUGAAGGACAUUGCGGCUUCGCAGCAGGUGAAGCACAUGACACUCACACAAAGGCAAGCGUCUAUGCUGCAGACAAGCGUCAGGCGAACCGUGAGCGGAAGGAAGAUCAAGAAAAACCACAGCGCUUCCUGUCAGAUUAUCUAAAUAGUUAACGAAUACAGCGUCUACGCAGAUAGGCCUUCCGCCAGUAUGACGUUUUCACCUGCUGAUCAACUAUUUAAGUGUAAAAAAUUGCCUUCCUGCCAAGCGCCCGACCUAUAGGAUAGGAAUGGCGUGUGCACAUUUUCAGUAAAGCUGUCUGGCCCUUAUUUGCAAGGAUUGGCGGAACAAUAAGCACAUGUUUAGCUGGACAGUGCGACAAUAUCCGAGUGUGUUACUCGUUGAUAUUGCCAUGUUAUUGUCAAAUUAUCAUAUAUGUAUUUUUAGUUUAACCCAUUUAUGCCUAGUGGACUCUCCCAUCCUUCUGAAUUGGAUCAAUUUAUUCCCAGAAUUAGGGAUGUCUAGUAUAUUUAUUUCUAUAUUUAGAUUAUUACUUACAGAAAUUCCUUUAAGCAAACAGCGUAGACCCUGAUGAGACGCCGCAUCAUGCGGCGUCUCAUCUGGGUCUACGCAGUUUGCCAAGGCCUUUUUUCUAGACGCUAGGCAUAAAUGGGUUAACGAGGGUUUUAGGCAUAUUAUUUAAAUGGCUUUAAAAGUUGUUCAUGAAAAUGUUUUGACAACAUUAUUCACACAACAUUUUCGUAACAUAAAUAUUUUUUUUCAUUUCUAACUUCAUCUUAAAGCCCAACCUUAACUAAGCAGUAUAUGAACGAAUGGCGUAAUUUUGAGAAAAGAAACUGGUGGGAUAGGUCGGUUAGGUAAUACAGUGGGACAGGUAAACAGGCGUCUUUUUGUCGUCUGUUUAAUUUGGGUGUGCGGUGGAUGUAGUGUAAUCGCUAUCCGCGUAUUUUCCCAGCGGUAUGACGGGAUGAUUGAUAGGGCGAAGCUUUUAAGGUAUCAGCAAAAGCAAAUCUGCGUAUAUCCUGAGGCGGUAGAAAUGACUGAUCCGUUGUAUUAUUAGUAAUCAUGAUAAAUUCAUUAAGUUAGUAUAAUUAAUCAUUAUUUAUUUAUAACGUUAGCAUUAGUAUUUUAAUAUUAUUACCGGUAGUGUGAUAAUCAUCAUCACAUUAUCAAGAUAUCAGUAUUGUUUGACAAAAAAUUCAUGAAACCUAAUUGAUUUUUUUAACUAUUUUAUUUUAAUGGACGUGUUAUUUUGUUACAAUGUGUAACAGGAAAUUGUCCUGAGAAAGUUUAAUGUAAAUAACUGAUCCAUCAGUAUAAGGGUGUUCAAAUCUAAUGGAUUUUGUAUGGACCUUAUAUGAGGUUGUUAUUUGCAUUUUUUAAUGUUAUAGUUGACUUUUAUUUGAUUUUUUAGAUAAAUUAAUUGUUAUAACAGUAAGAUGCUUGAUAUGGCCAGUGUUGAUGUGGCCAGUGUAUGUGAGCAUGUUGACAGUGGCGAGGAAGAUUCUGUGAUAGCAACCAUCCAUUUAUAUGAAAUGCACUCAGGUGUCAUAAUAACCCAUUAAUGCCUAGUGGACUCUCCAAUCCUUCUAAAUUGGAUCAAUUUAUUUCCAAAAUUAGGGGUGUCUAGUAUAUUUAUUUCUAUAUUUAGAAUAUUUCUUACAAAAUUCCUUCAGCCUUUAAGCAAACAGCGCAGACCCUGAUGAGACGCUGCAUCAUGCGGCGUCUCAUCUGGGUCUACGCUGUUUGCCAAGGCUUUUUUUCUAGACGCUAGGCAUAAAUGGGAUAAGAACAUAUCAAACUCUAUAUAUGUUUAUGAAAUAUUUUACAAGUGAUAUGGUAUCACCAAAUACGUCUGUGAUAUAUUUAUUUUCAAUGUCAACCUCUAAUUACUAUUUAUUAUGUUGUAAAUUCGUGAGUUGAUUAAAAUUAUAUUUAAAUAGU